CCGACUUUGAACUCCGCAGACAGCCACACGCUCAUGUUUUACAAGCAACUUCAUCGUGCCAAUGCGACAUCAUUCUGGUGAUCAUUUGCAUGUGAUCUGGCAGAUUCUUCCUCAUGAGGGGGAGAUGACAAUCCCAUUCCUAUACUGUCUUCUCUAUUGUUCUGCUAAGACCGGCCAAGUACAUUUUCGGAUCUCCACAUGCUGCUAAAACCAUAACUACUGACAUGGCUUGUCCGAGAAGCCGAGCGAUGUCUGGUUAGCUCAGGAGUCAAAAUGGCCCUGUACAAAAGACAGAGCCGGCCACGCAAUAUUGAGUCAUUUCGUUCCCUGAUCUGACCUGAGAUACAAUAUGAUGCUGUUGACUGUCGCAGUUCUUACUCUCUUUGCGUCCUUCCUCAGCGUUGCAGUGGGUGUUCCAAACCGCCAUGCUGCAAAGCUUGCUAUACGUGGACGAGCCGGAUUUGGCAUUGUACGGCUUCCCCGAGAAGCUCAAUGCGCUAUUUGUCCAGAAGACAUAAAGAUAGAUGGCGGUACUGCAACGCUUGUCUUUGACCAGGGGUCAACCGACGAGAUCACUAUGUGCACCUAUGAGGAGAGCUCCAGCACGGAGAUCGUAUGUCCCUAUGUAACGGACACCGGAGAGUUGAAUGGCACGGUCGAGUACUGUCCACAAACAGUUGCUCUUGGUGAUUGUGUCAACAGUUAAGCAUGUGUCGAGUCACGCAGUCAUCAAUAUCAUAUAUGCGCCUCGGAACCACAAAAUCGGUUCGUGGUAGGGCGUCGUCAUGCAGGCACCGAUAAUGGCUACAGGAUAGCCUUUCACACUAUUGUAUAGCAUUGCUGUUGGGUACGAUCUAGUUCCAGCUAGGUAGUUUUCAUAUUCGCCAUUGAACCGCAUUGAUACACAAUCAUGAUGAAACGCAUGGAUUAAAC